ACGCCUCCGAAGAAUCGACUUGAGCAUGCGCUCUAGGGUUGGCGGAAAUGGCUACAACAGUUGGCAAGAAGAAGAAAGUGACGAGCUCUGAGUUCGUCUCAAGCGAUGAAGACAGAGACACGGAUCAAGAGCCACUGAAGAAGAAGAAGAAAACAAAGGCAGAAAGCAGCAAGAAAACAGGAAAACCACAGUUGGAGUUUGAUUUGGAUAAGAAACGCAGAGUGACAAUAUCAAGUUUUAAAGGACAGUGGAGGGUUGAUAUCAGAGAGUUCUAUGAGGAUGACGGGCAGCUGAAGCCAGGAAGGAAAGGCAAGAUACAAUUUUCAUCUCAACAAUAUAAUGAAUGA